UUCGAGAUCACCGUACGGUCUGUCGCCGCCUCGUUUUGGGACCCCCUGGCACAAGUCCCCCGCCUUCGUGGAAGGCCGCCCCCCUCGCGCCCCCACCCCUCGUGCGCGCCGCCGCACAGCUGAACCGCAACUACGCGGCGCGCGACCACGUGGACCGGGGGAACGAGGGCCCGAGCUGGCUGAUCGCCCUCGGGGACUGGACGUCUGGGGGCGAGCUGUGGGUCGAGGACUCCUCGGGCGACGAGGAGGUCUUCGUUUCGGCCAGCAUCCGCGGCCGCCGGCGGUACCGCGCCGGGCACCCGUGCCGCGGGCGCUCUCGGCGUCGUCGUCCCCGGGCGUGCAAGGGCCACAGGACGGGGGGACGUGGUCCGCUUCGGCUACACGUAGCAGUGACCUUUCGCCAGAGUGACCUUGGUUGCGGGCCCAAUGGGCCCCCCCGAUCGUUGCAUGCGAUGCGAUGGCAGCGAUGUGUCGCGUCUUGUGGUGGCCGCGCUCCGCAGGUCCUUUCAGGGGCAACGUGGGGGGGGGAACGUAACACUCGAAUUUGCCGGUACCCGUGUUCGCCAGCGUUUUUUGGCGGGCCCGUCCUGAAUGUUGGCGGUCCAGUUUUCGCGGGACGUCUGCAGUGGGAGUGUCAAAUUCCAGCUUGGGCCUCGUCAUUUUCUUGACGGCCCCGCCAGGCGAACCCGAGUCCCCCCAGCCCGACUCGAUUGAAUAGGCUCGAGGGAUGGGGGAGGGGGGCGCAUCGAGCCCCACUCGCCGACGGAUCACCGAUAGGAGCCCUUCGCUAUCGGAGCCCUAUCGCCGACUUGUCGUCGAUGCAUUGGCGAUUCAAGCUCGAUGUUCCCUCCCCCCGUGAGCGAGACCCCUCUAUCGUGGCCCCUCACGCGAGGAUUCAGAGCAGCCCUUGCUUUGGAGAGGUAACCCUCUGUUCUUUGUUUUUGUGUGGUCGGGGCCUUGUUCUGCGAAGGGGCUCAUGUUAUUGGCCCUCAUUCUUGUGGACCGCUUUGUGUUAGGGAGUGCAUCGGGUUCGACAUUUCUGUCGAGUCGAGGGGUCGUCGAUGCGAGGGUUUCCCCCAAAGGGGUAAGGAACGCAGCCCUCCAGGUGUGGCUGGUCGGUCGCCGCCGUCCUCGUCGGCAACGCCGCAGCUGUCGUCGCUGUCGCCGUCGCUAGUGUCGCCACUGCCGUCGUCGCUGUCGUCGUUUUCGUCGUCGUCGUCGGUCGUCGUCGACGUUGUUGGUCGGAGCUCAAGGACCGAGGUCUUUAGCCUUUUGUUGGCCCUGGUCGCGCACCGUGACAUUAUGGUCAGAACUUGCUUCCAGAGGCCUGGCGUUCGUAGUCGUCGCCAGAACUGCCGUCAGUGCCCUCAUUGUUGUCAUCGUCGCUGUCGUCAGCGUCGCCGUGGUCAGCACCGUCGUCCUAUUUCCUAUUCCUCUCUCCGUAUCCACUCUUCUCCGGGAGCUUUUGGGACACUUCAAGCAUUCUCUGAGAAACAAGAACCAAUCAACAAAUGCGAAGCAUCUUGUAACAUCCAAGACUCUCAUAGAACCGUUUUUUCUUCCUCCUUCCCCUCUCACUCUUGUAUCAUAUUGCAGAGGCGCUCGUGGGACGUCCGGGGCAACUUCCUGCAGUUCGACGGGAGGCGGCUCCACUGUACGAGGCCCUUCUCGGGCGGCGACCGCUUCUCCGCCGUCUUCUUCGCCUGCGCCGGGCACGCCUCGGCGCCGCCCUGGGCGCGCUCGGGCCUCGCCGCCCUCGGCUUCGCCCUGCCGCCCGUGGGCGGCGCGCCGGCGCGGCAGCGGCGCCGGGGCUCGCCGACCCGGGCGGCCGCCGCGGGCGGGGGCGGCGCAGCGCCGCGUGCGGCGCCGCCGCAGAAGCGGCGCGGGGGCGGCGCCGUGAGCAGCGCCGCGGAGGCCAGGGUGAUGCUCGGAGGGGGGAGGGCGCGCAGCACGCUCGCUUCCGUUGCGACAUUCGCGGCGCAGCAGCUCUGCCGCCCUGGCUGGGCGGAGCUGCUGGCCGUGGCGGGCCUGCUCCUGGCGACCGCCGCCGUGUCCUCGUGUUGCGGGUGUGCGGCUGGGCUGGGGCUCGGCUUGGCCCUGAACCCGCACGGCGCCGAGUCAGUGGCCAGAGCGGGAGCCAUGGAGAUGAACGCUGCCCUGACUAGCGUGAAGCUGGUCAACAUAGACUCCGUGACCGACGGGAACCCAGUCCAAACGACGGUGUCCGACGGCGGCCCCGACGAGGAGGAGCUAGUCACGGCCAUGCUGGUAGACCUGGAGGUGACCUGGACGCGGCCGCGGGAUCGCGGCCCGUAUGCCUACGAGGUCGAGGCCGAGGAGGCAGAGAAGGUCGUGGCGCGGGCCGGCGACGGCAGAGCCAGCGCCAGUGCCAGCGUCGGGGACCCCAUGCAGGAGGUGUUGCGGGAGCUCCGGUCGCUGGGCGGCCGCCUGGCCACCCUGGAGCGUGCCGCCGCCCUGUCUGCGGCGCCGCGUGGGCCCAGCUGGCGGCCGCCGAUGGCCGCCGUGCCCGAAGACGAAGAGGCCGACGACGCGGAUGUCGAGGUGGGCGCCGAGGCGGGGCUGGACGCCAUGGGCAUGCGGACGGCCAUCGCCCUGCUGCUCCAGGAGCAGCUGCGUCGCGCGCAUGAGGAGCGACGGCUAAGAGCGAAGGCGAAGAAGAAGCACAUCGCGGGCGUCGACGACUUCGGCGACGGGGGCGAGGCGUUCGCCACCCGGGCGGAGGAGAACAUUUUGAAGGCGCCGGAGGUGGAGAGGACGGACUCGCUCGGGGCGCGGAAGUACGCGAACGAGAUGGCGCCCGUGGGGGCCCAGCGCGCGGCGGGGCGCGCGUCGGCGCCGCUGGCUCACAUCCACGGGGCGCUGCGCAGCAAGAAGUACGAGCGGGCGAGGAUGCUGACGCCGUUGGGGGUCAGCGCGGCCGGGCAGGUGUCCCGCGACGAGAAGUGGCAGGCCGCCCAGCGGCCGGCGGGCCUGGAGACGCCCAGUUGGGCCGAGCGAUUAUGCCAGAACGUGUGCCAGCUCUGCGGGGAACGCAGUCGAGCACGCACGAUAGACAAGGUGCGGGUCGCGACCAUCGUCGCCGAACGGAAGGGCGACGACUACCCGAUAAAGAGGACCGCGGCGCCGUCUCUGGCGGCGGCAGAGGUGGGCUUCCCCCGAGAGGUCAGCGGCUUUUGCCCACGCCCCUUCCUGUCGGAGGUGAAUCGGGACGCGCGCGAGCGGCCGAAAGAGUGUCUGAAGGCGGAGGGGGGGCGGAUGCUGCUGCCGCCCGCGAAUGACACCGCCGCGCGGUCGGAGCUGCUAAAGAUGGCCGAGCGCCGGGGCGCCGCGGGCCAGCUGCGCCUCUUACGAACCGCGCAGGCGGGCGAUCGAGGCACCGCGGAGCUGUUCACUGCGACGAAGAAGGAAGAGCACCUGGCCGACGGCACGGGGGGCCAGGUGGCGGUUGGCUCAGUCGACGAUCUGGACAACUACUUCCGCGCGUUCGCCGGGGCCGCGGACGAGAAUGCCCUGCCGCAGCCCGCGGGCGAGGCUGUGCCCGCGCGGCUGCUCCCCCACCUGAAGGCGCACGGCGGGCGCUCCCGGGGCGACGAGCCGGUGCGCCUCUGCUUCCAAGGCUUCAGCAUGGGCGACCAUCGCGCCACGGAUCUGAACCAGGAGGUGUUGGAGCGCCGCGAGCCGCUGCCCUUGAUCCCGUUGCGCGACGCCGAGGCGUUCGCGGCCUCGGGCGACGCCUGUGCGGCCCGCGGCCCCCGGCGGAACCCGAAGAAGGCCAGCGGGCGGGAGGUGGUCUUCACAGGCUGGGUCGGCGAGACCGAGGGGGGCGCAGGGCUGACGGGCCCGCCUCGCGGCGCGCUGCUGGCGCUGACGGGCGCGACCGCGGGCGCGGCGGCGCGCGGCCCGGCGCCCGGCGCCCGCGAGGCAGCCACCCGCGGGCGGGGAGAGGAGGCAGACGCGAGCAGCGACCCAGAGUCGGAGUUGGAUGGCGCGCCGACACCGUUCCAAGCGUUGGGCAAAGCUGCCCUUGAUCAGCGCGCUGAUCAACGUGCCGCAGAAGGUUUCGUGGCGGGCCCGAUCUUGGAACUGGAAGAGGGUUGGGACCUGCUACGGAGCGACGUCUUUGCCUGGCUGGUGUUCAUGCUCACCCGCCAAAGAGUGUUGGCAUGGCUGGAGCGGGGCAGCUGCGACGCCUUCCUGAGCCAGGCCCAGGAAGACCGACCGUGGGUCUACAGGCGCGGCCUGGAGCGGGGCAACGUCUCGGCGCGCACGGCCAAGCGACGGACGGCCUGCGUCGCAGGCUGGUCGAAGUCGCCGGCGUCCGACGCGGAGCUGGCGGCGCGCGACGAGUUCCUACGGCUGCGGGACAUGUUGGGCGGCGCUUGGCGGGACCUGGAAACCCGCGCCAACCUGGGGCCGCCCGCCGGCUGCUACGCCACGCUACGGCCGCGCGAGUACUUAGGGCUGACCUGGGACGAGUUGGUCCUCCCGCAGGCCCACGCGGGCGGCGAGGUGAUAUCAUUCGGGCGGAAGAAGCCAAGACCCAUCGGCGAGGGGCUCGCCCCCAUCGCAGUUGCGUUCUUGGUCGCAUGCGCCGCGAGGCGCAAGGGCUCCGAGAUGAUCUGGAGCAGCUCUGGCUCGGGCUUCCGUCGACGCCUUGAUGCUAUACUACGACAUGCAUUUACUGGACCGGGUGCUCCCAUUGUUCUGCCCUCGCCCCUGCGCCCGGGGGGCGCCGCGUAUUUCUUCGAGAAAUGGGGCGAGGAUGCCGAUCGGUUGCAAUGA